UAGCGAUUUGCGAAAAUAUAAAUCGUCCUAUACACACGCGCGCGCACGUACACACACACAUACGACAAACAAUCGACGUGUACCGACGGCUUCAGUUCACUGGAAGCAUUUUUGCUGGUCCAAACAAUCGCAAGAUCAAGAAAAAUCUAUGCGCAAUAUUUAUCGCGAACAGUUAGGAAGUAACAACGUGUUUAUAAUAAUUCAAAUUUAAUAAUACAUCAGAACAGCGAGAUAUCGCGCAGUGUCUGCUGCAGUCACUAUAAGUGGACAAAUUGGAAGAGGAAAAACAAUAUAACAAAGAUUAGCCGGGGUAUUAUCAACAAAAGAACCUUGUAUCGUUAAGCCGCGCUCUCGGGGUUCUCGGGUCGUUCAGAAGAUGUAUAAGACGGAUAUAUUAGACAACAGAUACAAGUCACUUUCCAAGGAAUUAGCUGACUGCACUAAAAAAUGGGUUCAUGUUGGUACAGUGAAGAAUGUGUAUGUGUAUCCGGUGCUUGCGGGUAAGGCAAUGGAUCUACCUUUCUGCCGAUUUGACCUGCCUGGGCCGAGUGUGGUUAAGAAUAAUUGUGAGAUUCAUAAUAACAUGUUCAUAAUAUACAAUCGGAAGACAAAACGUGUCUACAACGUCCAGAACGACCCUGUUAUGCACACGCUGGAAAUAAUACCUGUAAGCAAAUACACAGUGCUGCUGACAGCUACGGAAAUGCACAAUGUGUUGGUUUUGGACCUGGUAAGGAUCCAGAGGAGCUCCCAAAUCGUUCCGUACUUCGAAUUGUACAAUUUGAAUAGUCUAAUUGACCUACGCUGCCUUGAUUGCGGCGAAGAAGCCGCCGAAUGGAUCACUAAAUGUCUAGACAAACCAGACAUGCGUUUAGGAUUUAAUAAGCCGGGCUCAAUGAUGACAGAAUUAUUUUGGAAUCAGUUCGGCCAGCUAUACACACUAAAUGGGCACGAUCGGGAAUCUAUAAUAUGUUACGCAGAAUUACCGAAGUGUUCUGUGAUAUCGAGAACAUCGUACAACACAAUAAACGAAAAAAUGCCACAUUUUAUACAUAUGCAAAAAUUCCUUCCAAAUAUUGUUGUUGCACCGGUUAAAAGCCCCUCUUUUAGCGAAAUCAAGUGGGAGUGGAUCAAGAUUGGCAAUACAAUCAUCAAACACACGAAACCGUGGGGGAGAUACAUAAAUAUUGAGCCAAAGGAUUUGCCAAUAGAAUUGGUUAUUGACCUGAUGAGGUUAACUUGCAACGUGUAUCUUCCGGGAGACACGCAAAUAGGCAACACAGUAUACAUUCGCGCUCAUGAUAAGGAAAAUUAGCGAAGAGUGAUUUAUCUUCGCAUGAUUUGUUAAUUUUUUUUUAUUAAUUUUUUUAUUAGUUUUUUUAUUAGUUUUAUUAUAAAAUUUUCUCCGUGUUUCUGAUAGGAAUGUAGGAUAGUGUUUCGUACAUAUCUAGUUUUCAAGAAAAUUUUUUGUUAAGAUAAAUAAUUUUGUCAAUAAUAAUAUUGCUAUAGCAACAUGUUAUGAUAUAUUACCAUGCUAAUAAA